GCUCUCUCUCUGUCUCAUAACAAGCAAAAGCCCUAGUUAAAACCCUAGCCGUUAUAUAGAUCUUCACUCGCAUCGCCGAAGUUAAAUCUACGGACGCGUUGAGAAGACGAACUUUUUUUGUGUGUUUCAUCUGCAAAGGAUUAGUGAAACCUGAGAGAAAAUGGCGAACCCAAAAGUCUUCUUUGACAUCUUGAUUGGGAAGAUGAAGGCAGGGCGUGUUGUAAUGGAGCUAUUCGCUGAUGUAACACCAAGAACAGCUGAUAAUUUCCGUGCUUUGUGCACAGGAGAGAAGGGAAUUGGGAAAGCAGGGAAGGCAUUACACUACAAAGGCUCAGCCUUUCACCGUAUCAUCCCAGGAUUCAUGUGCCAAGGUGGAGAUUUCACCCGUGGGAAUGGAACUGGAGGUGAAUCGAUAUACGGGGCUAAGUUUGAUGAUGAGAACUUCAAGUUGAAGCACACUGGUCCAGGGAUUUUGUCCAUGGCUAACUCUGGUCCAAACACAAAUGGGUCUCAGUUCUUCAUUUGCACUGAGAAGACAUCGUGGCUUGAUGGGAAUCACGUUGUCUUUGGGAAAGUUGUUGAUGGUUACAAUGUGGUGAAGGCAAUGGAGGAUGUUGGAUCUGACAGGGGAAAUACUUCUGAACCAGUUGUGAUUGAAGAUUGUGGUGAGCUCAAGAACCCAAGUUCGUAAGUUUUAAACACGUUUGGGUUGAUCUUGACUGUUGUGAAGUGGAGACUGCAGCAUCAGAGAUAGUUAAGAUCAAUCUAAUUGCUAUAUGCAAAGCACUACUACUUAGGUUAUGACAAUUAUCAUAUGAACCUUUUAGUAAGUGAUUCAUCCUUUUAAGUUUUUAUAAAAAAACUAUGUAUGAGUGUGGAUGGAUGGAUGAUAAUAAUGGUAAAUUUCUUUAUUGAGUCA